GAAGCAAAUGCCGUCAGGCAUUUAAUGUUAGGUGGUUGUAUUUGACUAUUUAUUGAAUUGGCACUACUGGAAGUUUCACAUACGUCUUCAAAUCCAAUCUACAAAUUAUGCUCGUUUUUAUGGCCAAAUCUUCCAAAUAUAACAUUUACAAAGGCAUUGGUUUCUACUUUGUAGACUAUUACUGUGAAACAUUUUCACUAAGUAUAAUACCUUAUAGAAAAACUAUAGGGAUGUUGACUAUAUUUUUAAGGUUUUUACACUUACUGUCAUUCAUAUACAUCAGCUUGCACAAAAUAUGGGGGUAACGUUAUCAAUUACAUGAUCAGUAAAUUCUGGUGCUUUAGAAGCCUUUCUGUCUAAAACCCAAGGAUAACCUGCUCUAAAAAAACCAACUCGAAUUCGGAUAAGCAAGAGACGCACCCAGUGAGACAUGACAUCAAAGUGGAAUAAAAACACCACCAAUAGGUUUUUGAAUAUCCGCCAUUUUCAAAGGAUAAGUGCUGUGCUUUUAAACUUGGCCUUUUUC